AAAGGACCUGCCUUGUUCCUCCAUCCAACUUUGCUACUGAAAUUUCACACAUACUCUUCACACAAGGGCGGUGGGCUUUGCUGGAGGUGCUUUUUAUUGAUCCAGAAAGCUGGGGAAGCAGGCAGCUCCUGGCAGAGCCGCAUUCUCCUCACUGAAUGUGAGGUGAGCCUGCUGUCCUGGGAGCUGCCUCUUGUCACAUCUAGCCUCUCCCCAGGUGGGGCUUACAUGUCAGCUGAAAGGGCCAUCUGCCCUGGGUUGAAAAGGAGGCGGGGUCAGUCCCUGGGAACCCACUAAAACCAGAAGCAACACCUUCACCACACCACCACCCCCAGCAGAGGAGGUCCCAGUUUGCAACCAGAUGGGUAGUUGUGGGAACCAGCUGGCAGGUGGGGCCAGUGGGGUAGGGAAGUUGGAGACCAUGACAAACCUGAGUUGAGAUGACAAUGCCAAAGAGUUAGAGGGCUUGUUCAAGGCCACAAAGCUGGGAAAGGGUAGGGCUGGGAUUCAGACCCUGCCCUGUCUGCCUCUAGAGCCUCCUUUUAUCAAUACCCUGAUUUUGGUCUCCUCCAUGGUACUUUACAGGAUACCAGGCCCACAGGUGAUGACCUGAGGGACGGGGAGGUGGUUGAGAGCUGCGUGCUGGGCUUCAGUCCCUGUGAAGCCCCCAUCCUCACCCAGUCCACUCCAGGAGGGGGACUCAAACAAGGAGCUUUGGCUUCCUGGGAACUCAGGCGGGGUUCCAACCAUGGGGAUCUGGGCACUAGGGGUGACCUGACCCCACCUCUCACAACCAGGACUAGCUCAUGUCGUUGCCACACUGCCUGUUUCCCAAGGGAGGUCUAGAAAAAGUUAAGAAACUCACUAGGCCAUGGUGGGAGGUGGAGUCAGACUCAAGGCUGGGUGAAAUCAUAGCCGCAAAAGUUCGGAUCGGUUCCCAAGUCUUGGAUGCUAAAACCCCAGCUCAGGGCCUCUGCCCUGGGAGAAUCCAGGGAGCGCUGCCUGUGUGGAAGAGGCCAGUGAAAGAACCCAGGAAGGAGUGAGGAGCGGGAGCGGGGGAUUUUGAGCAGGAGAGAAGUAAUGAGCACUUCACGGGUUGCAUAUGGGCCUGGCAGGAAGGACUAUCUUUUCGACCCUUCUAGAAGGGUCAAGAUGCUCACCAGAGGUAGUUGCCUUGUGGUGCAGUGAGUUAAGGAUCCUGCGUUCAUUGCAGCGGCCCCGCUGGCUGCUGUGGCGCGGGUUCGAUCCCUGGCUCAGGAGCUUCCACAUGCCAGCGGGCAUGGCACACAAGGAUAAGCAAGCAAUUCAGCACUGAGUAAAUAUAAAGGGGAUGGCGUCUCAGUUGAAACAAAACAUCACUUCGGCCUCCCCAAACAAGAAUGGGACACCAAACGAGCAGGGCACUUCCGCCCGGAAGGAGACUAACGGAAGGAACUUCCGCCACCUAUUAAGAUGGCGCCGGCGGAAGGGGCGGAGUGCCGCUGGGUGGCGAUGGCAGCGUCAAGGCUGGAGCUGAACCUGGUGCGGCUCUUGUGCCGCUGCGAGGCGAUGGCAGCAGAGAAACGGGACCCGGACGAGUGGCGUUUAGAAAAGUACGUGGGAGCUCUUGAAGACAUGCUGCAGGUCCUGAAAGCACAGGCGAGCAAACCGGCGUCCGAGGUGAUCAAUGAAUAUUCUCGCAAAGUAGAUUUUCUGAAGGGGAUGCUGCAGGCAGAGAAGCUGACCUCCUCCUCAGAGAAGGCACUAGCCAACCAGUUCCUGGCCCCUGGCCGAGUGCCAACUACGGCCAGGGAACGGGUACCAGCCACAAAGACAGUGCACCUACAGUCACGGGCACGGUACACCAGUGAGAUGCGGAGUGAGCUGCUAGGCACGGACUCUACUGAAGAGCCUGAACUGAAUGUGAGGAAGAGAACUGGGGCAGCAGGGCCCAGGCCAGAGGAUGAGAAGCAGUCAGCAGCCGAGCUAGACCUUGUCCUGCAGCGACACCAGGACCUCCAGGAGAAGUUGGCAGAGGAGAUGCUAGGCCUGGCCCGGAGCCUCAAGACCAACACACUGGCUGCCCAGAGUGUCAUCAAGAAGGAUAACCAGACCCUGUCACACUCACUCAAGAUGGCUGACCAGAAUCUAGAGAAGCUAAAGACAGAAUCUGAGCGGCUGGAGCAGCACACACAGAAGUCAGUCAACUGGCUGCUCUGGGCCAUGCUUAUUAUUGUCUGCUUCAUCUUCAUCAGCAUGAUCCUCUUCAUCCGUAUCAUGCCCAAACUCAAAUAAAGCCCUGGCCUUGUCCA